AUGGACACCAGCACUGUUCCGUACGUGACCAACACGCCCGACUAUGGGCCAUACAAUUACGCUCCAUUCAACCGAGGCAACAAACUGAAACGACGAGACAAGGAAGGAGGUUUUCCAAACAGCGACAGACCUUCCCUAUGGGGCGCUACAAGAGUACAGGAAGACUUUCAUUUCACUCAUGUCGGCUCAAGAAAGAUACUCGCCCGCAAAACUGGCCCAAAACGUAGCUACGAUCUUGACGACGAUGAGCCCUAUGCGAGUAUCAAAGUAGACGAAAUAUGGACUCCACCAGACAAGGUCGAAGAUGUCAGGAAAAACAAAUCCCUCAUGCACUCACUAAGGAGUCGUCACAUCAAAAUGCUCGCUGAAACGGCCAUAGAGCUCAUUGAACGAGAACAGGGUUUCAACAAACUGUUGAAUCGUCUUGCUGAUGUAGUCCACAGUGACGAUCCCGCUACUCAUGACAAGAUGAAUAUUGAGGAGGGGCUGAAUCCUAAAGGGCUGGAAUCAUUAAAGGCUGUACGAGAACUCGUCGAGGAAAACAUUGGUUGUGGCAACGAAUACAUUCAGCAACUGGGCAACAUCAGAAACAAGCUGACCCGAGUCUAUGAACAGAAAAAAUCACUCGCAAAAAACGUCGCUCCUGCUAAAGCCAAACCAAGGCCCUCUGGGAACUCACAUAAUGGAAGACGCUAG